GGGGAGGAGAAAUGAGCAUCCUCUUACUUCACUUUCCUCAGGCUUUCUCAGCCCUCAGCCCUGGCCUUAUGAGGCAGGAGAUCACAGAGUCUCUGAGAGCCUUUACCUAGUUCAGUACAGGGACCUAGACUCAAAGCCUGUAGCUGGAGGAUACACAGGACCACACUGGCCUUGCCUAGCUUCCCUCUUGUCCACAGCUUGUCUCCGGCUUCCUCAGCAGUUCAUGCAGGACUGGCUGUGGUGGCUCCUGAAUCCUGCCCAGGACUGCUCUCCUCUCUUUAGAGCAUCCCUCCAUUCUUGCUCCCACCCUAGCUGAGGAGGAGAACUGAACGAUGGCCUGGGAGGCCACAUACCUGCUCUCCUCAAUGCUGCUGCUGCUCCUGGCCUCAGGCUCCUGGGCACAGGACCCAGAGGUACUUCAAACACUGGAGGGCAAGACUGUUUCUGUGACAUGCAAGUAUAAUCCUGGAUACCACUUCUAUGAGAAGACCUGGUGUAAGAAAACAUCAGAGGACACUUGUCGACCUUUAGCGUCGAGUGUCAGCAGAGGUGCCAGGAAGCUAAGAUUCUCCAUCCAGGAAGAUUCUUGGUUCAGCUUCUUCAAUGUCACCAUGACUGAGCUCAAGACGGCCGACUCAGGCAUCUAUCACUGUGGGUUCUUUGGAAAUUAUAGAAACGUCAUCAAUAUUCUCAAAACUAUCCGCCUGGUGGUGUCAAAAGCUUCAGCCCCACACACAACCACCCGGAUGACGACAGCCCUGGCCUCUACCCACAGCCCUGUCAUUGACAGCUCUCCAGAUAAGCCGAUGUGGAAGGUCAUCAUUGCUGGGGUGGUUGUGGCCACUCUGUUAGCGCUUGGACUUGUCAUCCUUGUGGUCCUGUACCUAAAGAAAGCUCGAGAAAAAGCCCAGAACGUCGGGAAUAAAUGUCACCAUAUCUACGAGGACUUCUCAGGCCAGAAGGAAGAGACCACUAACUUUAAUCAGCAGGUCCUCUCCAGUGAGGACACUGAGAACAUCUGCUAUGCCUCUCUCAUCCAUCUAAACCACGUGAGCCCUCAGGACUCCCAGUACAGGAACACCCAGCCCUCUGGUGACCUGAUUCUGUCUGUGGAAUAUGCCAGCAUCUCUAGAAAUGGACUCGGGUCUUCCAAGUCAAACGCCCAAGAGGUGGAGACCAGGGACUGAGAGCUGAGCUCCCAGGGCAGCGAGCACGUAGGUGCGCUACUGUCCUUGUACAGGAGCAACUUCCUACAGCUAAGAUGGCCUCCAACGAUGACGGUGGACACACUUUCUUCAAGGAAGUAUGUGUGGAAGGCGGCUGGGCCAGUGGCUCUGAGUGACUAACUUUGUUUCCUUGUGUGGCCAUCACUUCCUUCCUCACUGGUUCUUGAAAUCUAGGUGGGUUGCGUAAGUUCCUCAGGAACUCUAUGCAAAGUUCUGCCCAACCCCCAAUCCCUCCCCACACCGGCCUGGCUUCUAUUUCUAAAACCACCCUGCUUGGAGAACUCUGGUGACCUUGCCAGGAUGAAUACUGAGACGUGGGCGGUGCCCAUCCCUGACCUAUCUUCUGAGGUAUUUCCAAUCAUGACAAAUACGGAAGCUUCCUUGCCAUAGCUAGUCACACAUCUCAGAUGUCAGACUGUGUCUGGGCUCCUCGGACUUCUAAAGGACUACCACCCACCCUGCUAACUGUGUCUACCCGUCUCCCUGCGGCAUCUAAGACCACAUGCACCUUACUGAAGAUGUGGCUCCGUCCUCAGCCUGAGGCUCCAUGGGAAUGUAGAGUGUUCAACCCUAUGAGGCAGACACUCGGCGAGACAGAGACAGGGAAGGAAUGGGAUGCUCUGAGUUCCUAUGGACUCUGCUUCACCCUGAGUGCCCAUGUCCUCCUCCUACGUCACAGAUGUGCCUGGGAGAGACAGGAUGUUGACUACCUCCAGCCUCACAUCCAACUCAGUCUUGUCCCUGGGUUAUUGGCCUCUGCUCAUGGUUUCAGUUGACCUGUGGUCCUUCGUGGCUCCUAACAGCGCCUUUGCUCUUGGGCCGUGUUUCAGUCUACACUGUCUCCUGGAAGCCCACUUUUUAUUGUACGUUCCUUGAAUUGUU